UAUAGAUCGAUGGACGCCUUCGGCGGCUGGAGUACGCCAUAUGCAGCAGAGCCAUGCCUGCCGAGCCGCCCGAGCGACAAUGACCUCCUCAGCGCCUUCCUGUGCGCAGGCUUCGACGGCCUUCGUCCCGAGCAUGGCGGUCUUGACAUGCCCUCGUCGCACCCGGUUCCGGACCUCAUGCACUGCCAUGACGGCGCGAGUCUUUCCGACGGCGCACCAGCAGCCUUCAUGGGCCUGGACUCGACGGAUGUGCUCCCGAGCGUCACCAGCGCAGUGGACAGCGGCCUCCUUGACGCGUUCACGUACGUCCCGAACGUCGUCGAGGAGCCUGCGCAGGCCGCCGUGUCGAACUCGAACACAGCCUUCUCCGGAUACAGCAGCACCACGGGAGGCAACGGCAACAUCUCCUCCGGCGAGUCCAACACGUACGGCGGCGGCCACGACACGGAGGUGGCGUCACCGUGCUCCGUGUCGCGGCCAGAGCUGCCUCAGACAACGACACUGCCUCCCGCUAAGCGGAAGCUGGACAAGUACGCCACGGUAGCAGCCGAGCGGCGUGGCGCGAAGCGAGCGGCCGCGACGUCGUCGACCAGCAUCACCUUUGGGGGGCAGGGCCACCACCACCAGGCAGAAGCAGGGGCGGCGCUCGGCGGCGGGUACGAGCCGGACGCGGAGGCGAUAGCGCAGGUGAAGGAGAUGAUCUACCGUGCGGCGACGAUGCGGCCGGUGCACCAACUCGUCUGCGCGGCCGCCGCCGAGCCGUCCCAGAACAAGCGGCGGCGCAAGAACGUUCGGAUCUCGAGCGACCCGCAGACGGUGGCGGCGCGGCUGCGCCGGGAGAGGGUCAGCGAGCGCCUGCGCGUGCUGCAGCGGCUCGUGCCCGGCGGCAGCCGGAUGGACACGGCGUCCAUGCUCGACGAGGCCGCCAGCUACCUCAAGUUCCUCAAGUCGCAGCUCAAGGCGCUGCAAAGUUGCGGAAACCCUAACAAUGGUGGCUACCACAACGGCAGCUUGCUGCAGAAUUACACCGGCAACAUUGGUGGUACCAGCGCUAGCACUGUACUUGCCUUUGGAAGAGACGGCGCCAUUGGUAACUACGUAAAAUCCAACAGGAGCAUGCAGUUGUAGCGUAGCACGUACGUACUUCGAUGUGUGAGUGAUGUAUG